AUAAAGUUUAUACAAAAGAAAUAAUUAAAAAUAAAUUUUUAAAUGAAACUAUAAAAUUUCAAAUACAAUGAAUUUUGUGUAAAAAAUAGUUCGUUUUUUAAAGAAAUUGUUUAAAGAAUGUAAAAGAAAUGUGUUGCAUUACGUUAGUUGAUGUGAAAGAAAAACAAAGAAAAAUCUCAAUUAUCCGGAAGUUGUGUUUCUAAAAAAGAGUGUACAAUUUUUUCCAACGUUACAGUAAUGACAUUUACUAGAAGAAUUACUGCUUAGAAAUGCCGUCAUUAGCUGCAAGAAAUUCUUCAACUAUGACAUCUUUAAGUAACAAUAGUGUAGAUGCGGCUGCUGCAACAUCAGUAUCGUCGUCCAAUUCUGCAACAUCGAUAACAAAUGCGAAUAUGUCUGAAACUUGCAUUUAUUCUACAGUCACUACGACAACAAAUGUUGCCUCUACCACCUCUAGUUUAACUGCUGCACAGCAGCAGCAGCAGCAACAACAAGAAGACUACUUACAGCAGCAGCAACAGUACCAACAACAACAACAACAACAUCAUCAUCAACAAAAAUAUAAUUAUUAUCAUCCACCUCCAGCCGUGGGCAAUUCUCUACAUUAUUCUAGUAAUAAUAAUGGUGGAGCAAGUGCAACAACAACAGCGGCAGCAGCAUCAACGGGUUUAGCAACAUUUAACGGAAAUUCGAAUUUAGAAAAUGUUGCUGUCCAUGCAAAUGGUAACAACAACAAUAAUGAUAAUAAUAAUUUUAAUACAAACUACAACAACGGUAAUUCUAGUAGUAACAGUAGCACAACAACAAAUGCCAACAGCAGCAACAGUAAUAGUAAAAUGAAUUCUACGCCACCGCCUGUUGCUGCUCUCCCAGGUAAUUCUAUAAUUGGUCACAAAACGGAUACAACCUCAACUGGUUGUAUAUUAAGUGGCGGUAGUGGUAGUAUUGUAGGCAUAGCUCCUGCUUCCGCUUUUAAGAAUCAGUCACAGCAACAACAGCAACAACAACAAUUACUUGCUUCCCGAGAGGACGUUGCUUCUUUGGCUGGCUCCUCAUCUAUAAAUAGCCAAAUAUCAACGAAUAAUAACAAUCAUCAUAGCAAUAUGAAAGCACCACCACCACCAUCAGCAACAACAACAACAACAGUUAAUGGAGGUGGGAAUAGUAGCAACAAUAAUCAUAAUCUCAACAGUAUAUUGAAAGGAAGUAAAGAAAAUCUUUUACAAAAUAAUUACUGUAACGGCAGUGUAGGUGGAAGUACAACCGGCAGUGAAGGUAUUAUUGGUUCAGCUUCAUCAAAUAUACCCGAACAUGAUGAUCCAGGAGAUGGUUUAGGUCCUCUGCCGCCUAAAUGGGAAACAGCCUAUACCGAAAGAGGAGAAUUAUAUUUUAUAGACCACAAUACCGGCACCUCACAUUGGCUGGAUCCGAGACUUUCGAAAUAUCAGAAGAAAUCAUUGGAAGAAUGUGGAGAAGAUGAACUGCCUUAUGGUUGGGAAAAAAUUGAAGAUUCUCUCUAUGGAACCUACUACAUCGAUCAUGUUAAUAGAAAAACACAAUAUGAAAAUCCUGUACUAGAAGCUAAACGUAGAGCAGCAGAACAAAAACAGCAACAACAACAACAACAGCAACAACAUCAACACUCUCACAAUCAUCAGCAUCCACAUCAAUUGCCGUCGCAACGACCACAGACACCAUCCUCCUCUAGUGUUUUGAAUGGUACUAACGCUAGUAUAGCUUUAAGUUCGGUUUCAUCGGCUUCUACACUUUCUACAGUGGAUAUAUCACAACGAGCUAUGCAACCACCACCAGCCAUGAUGCAAGAACAAAAUGCCAAUAAACCGCCUUUACUGCCAUACAAAUUUACCCGUAAUCCGGCAGAAAUGCAGGGGGAGCGUAUUACCGCUACUUUACUUAAAUCGGCCCGCGGUUUGGGCAUCACCAUAGUUGGAGGUGAUGAUGGUGUAGAGGAAUUUUUACAGAUUAAAUCAAUAGUGCCCAAUGGUCCGGCUUGGCUGGAUGGUCAGCUGCAAAUGGGCGAUGUUUUGGUGUAUGUUAAUGAUACUUGUGUUUUGGGUUUUACGCAUCAUGAAAUGGUUAAUGUUUUCCAGUCAAUAAUGCCGGGCGAAACGGUUACGCUAGAAGUAUGUCGAGGUUAUCCUUUACCUUUCGAUCCUAAUGAUCCCAACACCGAGGUAGUGACAACAAUAGCUGUUGAUGGCAUUUCCUCCCACGAACCAGACAAACAACGACGUAUGCUAAUGGAUCUCAAUAUGGAUGGAAAUUACAAUUUUCUAGACAUAUCCGGAGCAAGUAGUAAUGGCGGGAAUAAGCAUAAUCUCAGCACGGGCAGUGCUAUAGAUAAUAGUGGCUUUAUUUUAAUGAAAAAGCCUGAAGUUCAUACGUUUUCCAUAAUAAAAGGUGCCAUGGGUUUUGGUUUCACCAUAGCCGAUUCCUCUUAUGGACAAAAAGUCAAAAAGAUACUAGAUCGUGCUUGCUGUAAUCAGCUGCAAGAGGGUGAUAUAUUAUUGGAAAUCAAUGAUAUUGUGGUACGCAAUAAAUCCCAUGUGGAUGUAGUACAAAUUCUUAAAGAUUGCUCUAAAACAGAACCGACUAUGGUGAAAAUACAAAGACCAGUGACUACAUCAACAACAGCGAUUAACAAUACCUCGCCUAAUAGUGCGGCCCAGUCGACAGCUGGAGGUAAUAAUACUGUAGCCAAGUUAAGGAAAAAUUUCCUGGGAGCCACUACGGGUGGUAUAGGUAAUAAUGCUUUGUUCCGCAGCAAGACACCUACAGCUGAUUUGUAUAGUACUAUGCAAAAGGAAAUACUACCUAUUAGACCAAAAACACCUCUGGUGGAUACACGAAGAGCCAGAGUGAAUACACCCAAUAUGGAGCUGACAGAAGACAGAGAAGUGGCUGCUGUAAAUACCAGUGCUGAAGAAACGGCACUAGAACGUUCAUUAGCAGAAAGUAAGAGCCACUUAAAUGAAGGUAGUAAAUCGCAAAAUUCUUUAUCGGAAAUAGAUGCUAUCAAUCAUGAUAUACCCUUUAUGGAUCCAUAUCCCAAAAUGGUAACCAGUCUAAGUGAACGUUUAGCUGGUGUAUCCAUGCCCAAUGAGUCAAUGCAUAAUAAUGGUCAAGCGACAGCUGCAGUGGGAGGUUAUUUACGUACUACCGCCUCAGGAGUGCCGAAUUAUGAAAAUCAGGGAGAUUAUGUUAGUGCGGGAAGUGGUAACUAUAGUUCCAUUUAUGGUUUAGCACAAAUGCCACCAGUAAUGAGCCCUCUAAGUGGUGGUCUCUAUGGACCACCCACCAGCUCAUCUGCCACAACAGCGGGGCUAAUGGCACCUGCCUCAGCAUCUUACCAUCAUCAUCAUGAAUCCUGCUUUUGCUACGAAUGUCAAGAUUUUCGUAAUAAUCGUUUAAGAAAUUCCUCCGCAACGCACAAUUUGCAGCCUCCUACACAUCCUCAACAACAGCAGCAACAACAACAACCCUCACCACGUAGUUAUUAUCCGGUCUAUCAUCAGCCUCAACAUGGUCACAAUCAAUAUUCACCCGCCUCCUCAGCCAGUCUACAAGCAGCUCAUAUACAAAACGAACGCAUGCAAAAGAGAGUCAAUGAGCUGUUGAACGAUAGAAGACGUGUAGGAUUUUCACCUCUCGAUCAUCAGCAUCAUAAUCAAAUGCAAAUAAAUACCGGUAUAGGAAAUUCAAAUGUUAUGGUUGGUGGUGGUUACUCUCCCUCCCAGCAGCAAUAUUUGCAUCAACAUGCCGUACAUGGUGGCCUAAUCAGUCAGUCGCAGCAGCAGCAGCAUUCUCCGGCUCAGCAGCAGCUGGGACACUGGCAAAAUAACGCUGCAGUUAAUUAUAAUAAUAUACAGCCUGUUGGGGCCCUGAUGCGCAAUGGUUUCCCCGAGUCCAGUGACAUUUUAGAUGGCUCAGGUGAACAGUUUACUCUAUCAGAAGUGACGUUACAACGUCAGGCUUUGGGUUUUGGCUUUAGAAUUGUGGGCGGCACUGAAGAAGGAUCUCAAGUGACGGUGGGUCAUAUUGUGCCGGGGGGAGCAGCGGAUAAUGAUCAUCGUAUAACCACCGGCGAUGAAAUACUUAGUAUUGAUGGUAUUAAUGUGGUCAACUCCUCACACCACAAAGUAGUUUCCUUAAUGGGAGAAGCUGCUUUGCGUGGUCAAGUGACAAUGAUUCUAAGACGACGAACGCGGCCCGGUAUAACACAACCCCAACUGCAACAGCACUCUAUGCCACAGCAAUUGAUGGUCCAACAACAGCAACAGUCUAUGCUAAAUAACACUGGUCUAACAGGUAAUGUUGGCAUGUUGCAGCAUCCAUCUCCUCUACAGCCUUUGCUGCGUAACAAUCCUAUACGUUAUCCUUAUGAUGUCAUAGUAACAAGACAUGAAAAUGAAGGAUUUGGUUUUGUUAUCAUUUCGUCGUCUAAUCAAUAUUAUGGCUCGACAAUUGGCAAACUUAUACCGGGUAGUCCAGCCGAUCGUUGUGGCGAACUUAAAGUGGGUGAUCGUAUUAUAGCAGUUAAUCGUAUUGAUAUCGCCGGCAUGUCUCAUGGAGAUGUAGUCAAUUUAAUUAAAGAAUCUGGUUUACAUGUGCGUUUAACCAUUGGCUGCCCCAAAGAAGGAGCUAUUAUAAAUGCUGCACCCACUAUGCCUGCCGGCAGUGGUAUUAAUUCAUCCUCCAAUGUAGCGGUAGGCAAUACAGGUUUAUUAUUGAAUUCUGCUCAAGCCUCACCGGGCCAAGUGUCACAGACAUUAACGCCUACUACGUUACAAACCAAUUUGGAUCCCUCAACACAAUAUUUUGAAAGACCACUAUUAAGUGGCGGCUCAAAUGCUGGCUCGGCUACAUCUUCAACGUCACAUCAUCAGCAAACAGCUCAACAAUCACCAAAUCCUUUACCUGUACCACCACAAUUAUGACUUUGAGAUUUACGCAUUAAACUCUUAAAGAGUUUUCUUUAGUAAAUAUUCAAAAAACCCAUUCCCAAAACCCACCCCAACAUCAUCCUCACCACCAUCUAGCCUUAUAAAAAAAGAACCUAUCUACAAACUUUCUACCUAAUUCCAAUUUCACAUUGACCAUCAUUAGUUUUAAUAUAGAGAAUAGUAAGUAUAUAAAUGUAUAUACAAUUUGUUUAAACAAAACUUUAUUGAAAAGAUAAUUAAGUGAAAAUAACUAUUUAAUAUUUUAUUAACUAAUAACGUAUUUAAUUAAAUCCCUUACCCAAAGACUGACGACUAUUUACAUACAUAUGCACAUUUUUAUUAUUAUUAUAGUGUUUUUACUUAAAAUAUCAAUGGCUCAAUUCAAUAUUAAGAUAAACUAAUUUAAAAACAAACAAAACAAAAAACUUAAAUCCAGUUUGUACUUAAUACAUUUAUAAUAUUUAACAUUUAAAUUAUUUGUUGAUCGUAUUAAACAAAUUAAAAAAAAAAGUAUUUAUACAUAUCAAACGAACUUAUAUACAUUUUAAAAUAAUAAUCUACUCGAUCAGUGUUUAAUUGACUUAUAAAUCCUUAAGAAUUUUCUAUACAAAUUUCUUAAUAUUUGUUAAUUUUUUUUAACUUUACAAAAAUAAAAA